GUUAAAGGUUUGCUUUGGCAAGGUCAUUGGCCGUUUCAGCAGCAAAAAACCGAGAGGUCACUUACCUUCUAACAAAACAAUCCAACCCCCUGUUCCAACAAAGGCCUAAUCUGUUCAAUAACAGCACGCGAUUAGCUGCCAAGGUAUUCAGUAUUUCAGCUUCUUCGCAAGUGGCACGCUGUGACAACCACUGGGGAUUAAACAGCUUCAUGUUAGGAUACUGGACUGCCAGUUUAAUCUGACUUGGAUUUAUGAUACACCUCAAUUAAGGAUAAAUAGGAUAACAGAUUUAUGACUCAACAUGCCAACAGGAUCUGUGAAACUGCAAAGCAUAAAACAGCUAGGACAGGAAAACCACAGCUAUGAGGUUUCAGAUGAAGAACCAACUGGCUCAUAUAUAACAAUUACACAUUCCAAGAAGGGUGAAAAAGCUCAGAAAAAUGAAGAGCAACCAGCCAUUAGAGUCGGCUUCUUUGAGCUGUUCCGCUUUGCCACGUGCAAAGACAUACAGAUGAUGGUGGUGGGUUGCGUGUGCGCAUUGCUACAUGGCUCAGCCCAGCCUCUCAUGCUGCUGGUGUUCGGCCUGCUCACUGACACCUUCAUUGAGUACGACAUCGAGCUACAAGAACUCAGUGAUGACCGCAAGGAGUGCGUGAACAACACCAUCCAGUGGAAAAAGAACUACACUGCAGCGUACAACCUGUCAGCGCCCGUAAACCAGUCAGACAUCGGCCUUCUCAAUUCAACUCUUGAGAUGUUCGUACCACUGGAGAACAGAACAUGUGGGCUUCUUGACAUUGAAUAUGAAAUGAUGAUGUUUGCCUUCUAUUACGUUGGGAUUGGAGCAGCUGUGUUCUUGCUAGGAUACCUUCAGAUCUCCCUGUGGGUGACUGCUGCUGCCAAGCAGAUUCAGCUCAUCAGGAAAUUGUACUUCAGCAAAGUGAUGAGGAUGGAGAUCGGCUGGUUCGACUGCACCUCCGUCGGGGAGCUCAACACUCGCAUGUCAGAUGACAUAAACAAGAUCAAUGAUGCCAUUGCGGAUCAAGUUUCCAUAUUUGUGCAGCGUUUCACCACCUUUGUGUGUGGUUUUUGCGUUGGCUUUGUGAAAGGAUGGAAGUUAACACUUGUCAUCAUCGCAGCAAGUCCGCUGAUUGGUGUCGGAGCGGGUCUUAUGGCUCUGUUUGUGGCUAAGCUAACCGGGAUGGAGCUGCAGGCCUAUGCUAAAGCUGGGUCUGUAGCUGACGAGGUCCUGUCCUCCAUCAGAACUGUGGCUGCUUUUGGAGGAGAGAAAAAGGAAGUGCAAAGGUACGACAGGAACCUGGUCUCGGCUCAGCGCUGGGGCAUUAGAAAGGGUUUGAUUAUGGGUUUCUUCACUGGCUUUAUGUGGCUGGUUAUCUUCCUUUGUUAUGGUCUGGCCUUCUGGUAUGGCUCCUCACUGGUUGUGGACACUAAAGAAUACACACCAGGAACACUGCUGCAGGUGUUCUUUGGGGUUCUGAUAGCAGCCAUGAAUUUGGGGCAAGCCUCUCCGUGUCUGGAGGCAUUUGCGUCAGGUCGUGGAGCUGCUACUAUAAUCUUUGAGACUAUAGACAGAGAGCCAGAGAUUGACUGCUUAUCUGAAGCUGGAUAUAAGCUCGACAGGGUCAAAGGGGACAUUGAAUUUCACAAUGUCACCUUCCACUACCCAUCCAGACCUGAAGUAAAGAUCCUGGACCAGCUCAAUGUUGUAGUGAAGUCGGGGGAGACCACAGCCUUUGUGGGGCCAAGCGGAGCUGGGAAGAGCACCGCCAUUCAACUCAUCCAGCGUUUUUAUGACCCUAAAGAGGGGAUGGUGACCCUGGAUGGUCAUGACAUCAGAGGGCUGAACAUCCAGUGGCUGCGUUCUCUGAUCGGCAUAGUGGAGCAGGAGCCUGUGCUGUUUGCCACGACCAUUGCAGAAAACAUACGCUACGGUCGCCCCGGUGUCUCUGACAAGGACAUCAUCACUGCUGCAAAGGAGGCCAACGCGUACAACUUCAUCAUGGACCUGCCACAGAAAUUUGACACCUUGGUCGGGGAGGGUGGAGGCCAGAUGAGCGGCGGGCAGAAACAGAGGAUUGCUAUAGCUCGAGCGCUGGUCAGGAACCCUCGUAUCCUGCUGCUGGACAUGGCUACCUCGGCUCUUGAUAACGAGAGUGAAGCUGUAGUUCAAGAAGCUUUGGAUAAAGUACGGCUGGGCCGCACAACUAUCUCUAUUGCUCAUCGUCUCUCCACCAUAAAGAAUGCUGAUGUGAUUGUGGGCUUUGAGCACGGCCGGGCCGUAGAGAGGGGAAAACACAAUGAACUUCUGGAGAGGAAGGGUGUCUACUUCACUCUUGUCACCCUGCAGAGCCAAGGAGACAAAGCUCUGAAUGAAAAGGCUCGGCAAAUGGCCGACCAUGAAGACGAGCCCGAGAGACUAAAGCUAUCUAGAGCAGGCAGUUACCGUGACAGUUUGAGAGCCUCCAUCCGCCAGCGGUCCAGGUCCCAGUUGUCAAACCUGAUCCCAGAAGCCUCUGUUCCAACUGGAGACAUUUCUAUAUCCCAACCAGAUAACUACAAGAAUGCAUUCCUAGAAGAGGACGAUGAACUUGUGGAACCUGCUCCAGUCGCCAGGAUCCUGAAGUACAACGCACCUGAGUGGCCAUAUAUGCUUUUUGGAUCCAUUGGGGCUGCAGUAAAUGGAGGGGUCAACCCCGUCUACUCUCUGCUGUUCAGUCAAAUCCUGGCGACUUUCUCAAUACAAGAUCCUGUGGCUCAGAGGAAGGAGAUCAACAGUAUCUGCCUGUUCUUUGUUGUGGUUGGCAUUGUCUCUUUCUUCACCCAGUUGCUGCAGGGUUACGCCUUCUCUAAGUCUGGAGAACUGCUGACCCGCAGGUUACGUCGGCUUGGCUUCCAAGCCAUGCUGGGCCAAGAGGUUGGAUGGUUUGAUGACCACAGGAACAGUCCAGGAGCUCUGACCACACGUCUGGCCACUGAUGCCUCACAAGUGCAAGGAGCUACGGGCUCACAGAUCGGCAUGAUCGUCAACUCUCUGGCAAACAUUGGCGUUGCGCUUAUCAUUUCCUUCUACUUCAGCUGGAAGCUCACACUGCUGAUCCUUUGCUUCCUGCCAUUCAUUGCUCUGUCAGGUGGCUUCCAGGCUUCAAUGCUCACAGGUUUCGCCAAACAGGACAAGGAGGCCAUGGAAGCCGCUGGACAGAUUUCUGGUGAAGCUCUGAACAACAUUCGCACCAUCGCUGGCUUGGGGAAGGAGAAGACCUUUGUGGAGAUGUAUGAGGCCCAGCUGGACGCGCCGUAUCAAGCAGCCCUGAAGAAGGCGAAUAUAUAUGGAGCUUGCUAUGGUUUUUCCCAGUGCAUAAUUUUCUUGACAAAUUCAGCCUCCUACAGGUUUGGAGGUUAUUUGGUGCAAAAAGAAGGGCUCCAUUUCAGUUUGGUGUUCAGGGUAAUUUCAGCUAUUGUCACCAGUGGCACAGCCCUCGGCAGAGCCUCCUCUUACACACCUGACUAUGCCAAAGCCAAGAUCUCAGCAGCACGUUUUUUCCAGCUACUAGACCGCGUGCCUCAGAUCAGUGUCUACAAUGACAAGGGAGAAAAAUGGGAUAACUUCCAAGGGAACAUUGAGUUCAUUGAGUGCAAGUUCACCUACCCCUCCAGGCCAGACAUCCAGGUCCUGAAUGGGCUGAAUGUUUCAGUGAAACCUGGUCAGACACUGGCCUUUGUGGGCAGCAGUGGCUGUGGGAAGAGCACUAGUGUACAGCUGCUGGAGAGGUUUUAUGAUCCCGACCAUGGCAAAGUGCUGAUUGAUGGCCAUGACACCACUCGCGUCAACGUGUCUUUCCUGCGUUCCAAGAUUGGCAUCGUGUCCCAGGAGCCCAUCCUGUUUGACUGCAGCAUCGCAGAGAACAUUAAGUAUGGCGACAACUUGCGAGAAAUCAGCAUGAAUGAGGUCAUCUCGGCCGCAAAGAAGGCCCAGCUUCAUGACUUUGUUAUGGCCCUCCCUGAGAAAUACGACACCAACGUGGGCUCUCAGGGGUCUCAGUUAUCUCGUGGCCAGAAGCAGCGCAUUGCCAUUGCCAGGGCAAUCAUACGUGACCCUAAGAUCCUGCUCCUUGAUGAGGCUACCUCCGCCCUGGACACCGAGAGCGAGAAGACUGUGCAAGAAGCCCUGGACAAAGCCAGACAGGGACGGACCUGCAUCGUCAUUGCCCAUCGCCUCUCUACCAUCCAGAACUCUGACAUCAUUGCCGUCAUGUCCAGAGGCAUUGUGAUCGAGAAAGGAACACACGACCAGCUCAUGGCCCUGAAGGGAGCCUAUUACAAGCUGGUUACAACAGGAGCACCGAUCAGCUAACCGCUCAGGGAAACAUUGUUACUGCUGUAAAUUCAAGAGAAGUGAGGACUUGAUGCCAUACUUUAAAUAAUAAAGUAUGUAGAAAAGACCUAAGAAGUGGUUGGCAUAGCUGUUUACUUCUACAGUAUUUAUUUUUGUGAAAGGAGUCUUUUAAGAGGUAAAAAAAGUAUUUGCCCGGAUUUCUUAUUUGUCACAGUUUUUUUUUUUUUUUUUCAAUUUUUCAAUUUAAACAAAUUUUAUUAUUAGACAAAGGUCAGACUAGUCAGUGUAAUCAGAGUAAAUACAAAAUUCAGUUUUUAAAUGAUUUUAUUUAUUAAGAGAAAAAAAAGGCAAUGCAAACCCAACUGGGCCUAAAUGAGAUUAACCUCAUUUUUUUGUACAGCUGAGUUCAUUAUCACUAACCCCACCCAAGCCAGACGUGUUGAAACAAGAUAUUCAACAGGACUUGAAAAGAACAUGUCUGGUAAAGUCAAGUUGGCCUAAAGAUCUUAAAAAUGAACACAUCAUGCUACAAGGUUUGAAAUACUAUUAAAUACAUUCAAAUAGAUAAAUAGAAUAGACUUUAACCUUAAACAAGGCUGUUGAUGCUUGUAAAGCCUCCAAAGACACAUUGCCGGUUAUUGCAGUUCCACACAGGCACAGGUAGGAUUGGAUAACUUUUGACCCCCUAAAUUAAAUCACCAUUGAAAAACUGCAAUUUACUUGAUUUUUCUUUGUCUAAUUAUAAAAUUUCUUUAAUGAUCUGAAACAUUUAAAGGUGACAAAUAUGCAGAAAACUAAGAAAUCAGUAAGGAGGCAAAUACUGUAUGUGAUUCACACAUCUUGUAUGGUGGUAUUUUAAGCUAGCCAAUCAAUGUCUUUCUUUUAUUUAGUCUGUUUUUUAAUCUCGUUGAUACUGGCUUUGUCUCAUUGCCUACACCUCCACUCUUAGCAGGCAAAUAUUCUUUUUAUACAUCAGAAAAACUGAAAAAAGUCCACAACUGACCAUUGCAAUACAGUUUUAAUGGAAAAGCACUUGUAAGAUUGGUUUUAUAUUCAACCAGUAAUGGUGAGCAACUGAAGACAUUGAUAACAGCAUACACUUGUUUACUUCUGUGUUAUCAUUUUGAAAUUGUAUUUUUUUCUUUUACUUGUUCAAGUGUCACCAUAGUUAUUAUAUAGUUAUUGCUGACAUGUAAUUUUGCAAAUUAAAUUUCCAAAUAAAAGACAACAUCA